AACGUUCCGUUGAAAACCGAGACGAGGAGCGCAGCGCAGAGUAGCGGCACAAACUCACCGGCAUAGGGGCCAGACGUCCACAACAAAAAGCCUCGCACAAAGCCGAAUGAGAGAGCAACCAUCCGCCUCCAGCCUCCGAGUUUACAGACUGUAUCGGCGCAGCGUGUCGCAGACCAGAAGCACAGAUGGACACCAGGAACACCACUGAAGAGAAACCCGUCCAGCGAUCUAAGUCCUUCAGCUUCAAGACCCAAAAGGAAGUGUGUUCCUCAUGUGAGAAAACGGUCUACCCGAUGGAGAGAUUGGUCGCCAACAACUUGGUCUUCCAUUCAGCAUGCUUCUGCUGCAAGCACUGCAACGCCAAACUGAGCCUUGGAACCUUUGCAGCUCUUCAGGGUGAAUUUUACUGCAAACCCCACUAUCAGCAGCUGUUCAAAAGCAAAGGCAACUACGACGAGGGCUUCGGUCGCAAGCAGCACAAAGAGCUCUGGGCCUCCAAGGAGACAGAAAAUAUGACGAAGACAGCAUAGUCAUGUCUGUGCGCCAUCCCGGCCAUGCCUCUUUCUUUUCCUCCUCCUAACACCUCCAAUACAUCACGAUGAACGCAUGCCUCACAUUCUGAGGCAGCGUUUUUUAAAUCUCCCACGCGCUCACUUGCUAUUUAAACGCCAUCAGAACAGAAACAUUCUCAAACAGCAUGGGGAUGGCUGGCCAGUCAUGGUCCAUACACAACAAAAAUAUAUAUUUUGUGGAUAUAUUUUGGGUUCCUGAUUGGAACUUGUAGUUGAUUGUGACCAAAAGCAUUCUCCGGUAUGUGGAGUAUAAUAAUAGUAAUAAUAAUAAAAGUCACUUUUUUUUUUGCUUUUCAUUCUUUUUUACUAAUUUGCACCCUUUUUAUUAAUUAAACCGUAUGCUCAGGCAAACAUAUCCAAGGGGUUCACAGAGCAUCCAUGUUUGGCAAUAGAGCAUACACUCAGGUCAAUUUUCACCCCAGGAUAUACAAGAUAAUAUUGCAUAGUUUCACUCACUUUAACAAAACAGUACUCAGAAGUUGUAUUAGUCCUCAGUAUUGUGACUUUGCUGUCAGACCGUCGUGUUGGUUUGUUAGGUUUCAUAUACUUGAGGAACAAACAGGGUACAGAGUACUGUAAAAUAACGGCACACAUCAGCAACAGCCCACCUCUUCAUUCAAGUUUUAUUUCGUUAUCGUCCGCUUCAUCCCACGGUUUGUUCUUAUUUUACUGUGAGUCUUAUCCUUGCAUGUUAGAAUGACUGGGUCUUAUUAGCCUUAUCUUAUGACUGUAUUGAUAUUUUUGUGUUGUGAAUGAUUUGUUUCAUUAAUGCAUUUAAAAUCACUUUUAAAAAGGUUUUUAGAAGCACUUGAGUUUGGAUUUGAUGUCUCGGGCAUAAGAUGAGCCUCUGAGCUUUUAUCGAUGGUUGAAAUUUUAAUGAAAUUCUCAGAUUGUGUUUUGUAUACUAUCCGUACGUAGAGCUGUAUUCUGUGAUUAGUGAACAUUCCCCACCUUACUGUACUCUAGCAUUGCACAAAUGACCACGCAUGAUCACCAGACGAGAUGAACACGGGGAAACCGAGGCCUUGUUUGGGGGAGCUGAUGGCUUCAUCGAUUACUACAUUUGCAUGUCUGUGUCACAGAUGUUGGACGCAGCCACGCAAUUUUCCUCCCUCGUCAUUCCACGCUUUGGCAGUUGUUGGUGUCUUGUGGUGAUUUUUUCCCCUGCUGUAUUUGAGAGUGUCCGUGUAGCUGGACCAUCUUUUUUUGGGGGGUGGCGUAUACAGACCCAUUUUAAUCACAGUGUCUUGAAAAUCCAUUGUUAGUUAACCACCCUCCUCUCCCAGUCCCUCUCAUUAAGCUUGGGCAGGUUUCUUUUUUAAAUGAAUGCCUUCCUGUUGUUAUCUUCUGUCUUAUUAGCUAAAUACAUCUUAGCAACUGGACCUAUUUCUUGAUAGUGAAUUUGCAUUAGGUGGCUGAGGGAGGGUUUGCCACUAAUGUCCCUCUGACGUGCUCCUGCAUGCUGCAUGCAAAACCAAGUACAGAGCAUCCCCUGCUGGGGAAAGUGUGAAAGUAGUGUUUAGCGUGAGGAAGAAAAGCCCCUGAACUCAACACAGCCUUUAUUCAACGUGUUUUAAUAUGUGGCCUCGGUCCACAGUGCAGCUACUGCAGUCAAGACACCUUUUUUAAAUUUAACACCUAAGAAAUUGAGCAAAAUUUCCACAUCUACAUUACAUUCAUUUUAGAAAAUGUCUGAAUACCACUGAGAAUUGACUGACCCUUGAAUGACGCAAAGUACUUUUUGUGACAAAAGGUUUACUGUGAAUUUGAGCAUGCUGAGCAGAGGAGAAAGCUACACUUGAACAGAUGGAUAUGUCCUACUUUCUUUUUAAAGAGAAGCCUUAGAAAUAAAUAGCUGACCUUUUCAAACAAGUCCUUUUUGCGUACAUAGAUCUUAACAAAUAAAUCCCCUGAUAAUGCCUUCUCAAAACCUGAUUGGCUUAGUUUAGAGCCCCAAUUUUUAACAUAGGAUUACUUAACUCCAACCAGCAGCCAUGUUUCAUAUCUAACCACCUUUUAUCCACAAAAAAUCUGUGACACAUUGUAUAUUUUCCUUUUUUCAAAUGUUCAAAUCAUCCCCCAAACUGUUUGCCACGGUACAACUACAUAAUCUGUGAAUUGAAACUUGAUGCUGGUGCCAAGAGGCUCAGGUGAAUGAUUGCGAUGUAAUGUUAUAAAUGUUACACCGGUGAGUCAUUUCAUUUUUGUGCUUAACUUGAUGUGGACUUACUUUUCAAUGCUGUUGUCAGACACAUGUUAAAUGUAAUAUGUAAUGCAUCUUUGAACAUGUAUUCUGUACAGAGUUAACCUGUGGAUUGAGGUGGCCUUACAGCAAAGGACGCUUGGACUGUGUUUGCAGUCGUUUUCCUCUAUUCUCCCUUAUCUCUGUUGCUUAGUUGUGGUAUGGAAGUGUAAUAUUAUAAAAUGUAAAAGUCCCCUGCCCCCUUUUUAUGACUAUGUACACAAUCAUUUUGUGCAUUUUCUUUCUUCUUGUCUUUUUUUUACAUGCUUUUGGAGAAAAAAAAUAAAAUGCCGGUGUUGAUUUAA